AUGUUCAACACUUCAAGUAAGACAAUUUCGGCUGUCACGGCUGUUACUGUCGUGCUUGCUAUCUCUUUCGCCACCACGACUUUCUGGAUCCUGCUCUCAGAACAGGCCGCUACGGCAGGACUGCUCACUCUGGACUUCAACCUCACCGAAACGCCUCCGCCAGGCCUUUUACAGCGCGACCCACAAGACAUACAGCGUGAGGCUAGCGGGAUCCUAAACAUUGCAGCCAAAAAGACUUCCGAUGUCACUGGUGACACACAGAGCGCAGUGAGCUCAGCAGUAACCUCUCUGCCCCAGAUCGAAGAUUAUGUGCCGUUCAACUGCUCUUUCGGUAUGAUCGUGUUCUGCGUUGGGUUCAAGCACAGUCGGUCCUGCAGUAGCUCGCAACUUACUAUCUCGGCAUUUGUACUGGACAAGAUCCAGGACUUACCAAAUCCGCUUAGAGAUUCCAUCCAAGCGCGUGUGAAGGAUCUGUCUUCAUUGCCAGGCAGCCUGGACAGCCUACCUACAGCGGUGCUUGGCUGCUUGAUUGCAGGUUCUCUCUCAUUUAUCACUCUGCUACUGCUGUCUUACUGUGUUGCAUAUGGGCAUCCUACUCGUUUUGCGACUGUCAUUCAGAAGAUUGGCGCUAGGACGCAGACGAUGGUUCAUUUUGGCGUUGGUCUUAUCUGCUGUGUGCCCUAUGUCGUGCUUGUUGCUAUGCAACACAGCGUCACUAGGGCUGUCGAAAAGCUGCCAGCCUGGGUAGAAAUAGAG